UAGUUUGCAGUGUUUCCGCAGAGGGCUCGAGUCCUCCCCGGUCCUCCGCUGCUCGGCGGCCCGCCCCUCACGGUGUAGCGCGUCCUGACGCUUUUCCACGUCGCCGCUCCGUUUCACAGACAAGCUCUCUGCGUAUGUAUGCGUGUCUCCAGCUAGGCCAGAGAGUGAUGGCGGCGCCCGUCCUGAGAGUGUCCACCCCUCGGUGGGAGAGAAUAGCCCGGCUCCUCGUGUGCCUGCUGGGCAUUCUGCUGUCUCUGUACGCCUUCCACGUCGAGAGGGAAAAGGCUCGGGACCCGGGCUACACGGCGAUGUGCGAUGUCAGCAGCUCCAUCAGCUGCUCCAAAGUGUUCAGCUCAAGGUGGGGUCGAGGAUUUGGACUCUUGGGCUCAAUUUUUGGAAAUGACAGUGCACUGAACCAACCCAAUAGUGUCUAUGGGCUUGCCUUUUAUGCCUUUCAGCUCCUACUAGGAAUGACUGUCAGUGCAAUGGCCGCCCUUAUUCUCAUGACGACAUCCAUCUUGUCGGUGGUGGGUUCGCUCUACCUGGGCUACAUCCUCUACUUUGUCCUAAAGGACUUCUGCAUCAUCUGCAUCACCACAUAUGUGCUGAACUUCAUUCUCUUUAUUCUAAACUACAAGCGACUGGUUUACUUGAACGAGGCCUGGAAGCAGAAGCUCCUGGCAAAGCAGGACUAAGCUGUGGAGAACGGCAAGAAAAAUACAAACAAACAACAAAAAAGAAAAGACCUCUGAACAUUUGACUUGCCACCAGGAGACCUUGCUUCCAAACAUUGUUUAUUCUGCUGUGUGUUCAAAAAAUGAAGAAAUUUAACUUAAAUGUUGGGGCCUGACAUCUCAGUGUUGAUUGCAAACAUGGAAGGCUAUGUGAGUGAAAAGUUUUUUUUUUUUUUUUUUCUUUUAAUGUCAUUUGCCUUUGUUUAACAUUGUACUCACUCAAAGAAGGGGCUGGUUGUGUGUGAGAGUGUUUGCACCUGCGUGCUGAGAAACCCAACAACAAGAGCAAGCUGAGGCAGAGGGCCACAAGACAGACCGAUGGAGGACGGCUCUCUUUUGAACAAAAAGGAUCGCAGAAUGGAAGAAAAAAAAACAGGACAUUAACGGGCUUUACUUGAAAUGGUUAAAAAGGUCCUAUUACUGCACAGCAGAUCUGCACUAAACUGGAGCCGUAUAAUGGGUCCCUGAAUUAGAAAAACACUCAUUAAGGUUAUUGUAGUUUGCAGAUAAGGUUCUAUGGCAUGGUGGGAAGACAAAACGAGUCACAUUAUACAGAAUCUUCUUUUUCCCAGGUUUACACUUUGUAGAACAUUUAUUUUUGAAGAGGACCACUAAAAAUAAACACGGGACAAUGUGA